AUGCCGUUUCGCAUGAUUGAUGGUCGACAGGUCAUCGAGUCAUUAGGCCCUCCAACGACUACAUAUUGUCCCACCAAGGACCUUACCUCAUGUUACCCCGACGAGCGCAUAAUCAGCACGUGCGUACAUGCGGAGCAAAGAUUGCCGCCCUUCGGAGCGUGCCCGGGCCGCGAGACACCGCCGGUAGAACCUCUACAAGCCGCAUAA